GUUAUACAACAGCGUCCCUCCCCGCAGCUCCUCUCAGCUUCAUGCGCAGCUCUGAGCGCUUUAGGAUCCUGCACACACCCGCCGAGCACAACCCGCAUCCAUCCGCUGCCAUGCCUCCUGUGAAGCUCGACAGUCCAGAUGAGGCCGAGCCUGUUGGCAACGGCAAGGCCAAGGAAUGCAUCACCACGGUACUCAAGGGACUGGAGACCAUCGCUCCUCUGGUGCGCACCGUAGAAGAAACCCCGGAGCCAGUCAGCACCGAAGUAAAAGGAACCAUCCCUUCCUGGAUUAAUGGCAACUUCCUCCGCAAUGGCCCGGGGAAGUUUGAGUUUGGAAACACACACUACAACCACUGGUUCGAUGGGAUGGCGAUGCUGCACCAGUUCAAGAUCGAGAAAGGCCAGGUGACGUACAUGAGCCGGUUCCUGCAGAGCGACGCCUACAAGAAGAACAGUGAAAGGGACCGCAUCAUGAUGUCAGAAUUCGGCACCGUGGCCAUGCCUGACCCCUGCAAAAACUUCUUCCAGCGAUUCCUUUCUCGCUUUGAGAUUAUCGAACCGACAGACAACGCAAGUGUGAGCUUUGUGAAAUACAAAGGAGACUACUAUGUCAGCACAGAGACUAAUUUCAUGCACAGAGUGAAUCUAGACACCCUUCAAACAGUGGAAAAGGUGGACUGGAGUAAGUUCAUUGCUGUAAACGGCGCCACUGCUCACCCACACUAUGACCCAGAUGGCACCACCUACAAUAUGGGAAACUCCUAUGGAAGCAAAGGAGCCCUGUACAACAUCAUCAGAGUACCUCCCGAGAAGACAGAUGGCAGCGACACCCUGCAAGGAGCCAAAAUCCUCUGUUCUAUUGUGCCUGCAAACAAGUCCCAUCCCUCCUACUACCACAGCUUUGCCAUGUCUGAGAACUACGUGGUGUUCAUCGAGCAGCCAAUCAAGAUGGACCUGCUGAAGAUAGUCACAUGUAAGCUGAGGGGGAAGGCCCUGAGCGACGGCAUCUACUGGGAUCCCAAGCAGGAGACGGUCUUCCACCUUGUCGACAAGAAAACAGGCGAGGUCAGCUCAGUGAAGUACCACACCAAGGCCAUCUCCACCUUCCAUCAGAUCAACGCCUUUGAGGAGGAUGGGUUCUUGAUGCUGGACAUGUGCUGCUCAGACGACGGCCAAGCCAUCAACAACUACCUUAUCCAGAACUUACGCAAGUCCGGAGACGCACUAGAUGAGGUGUACAACACCCUGUGCAGGGCUUAUCCUCGUCGCUUUGUCCUGCCCCUAACCGUGACCAGCGAAACCCCGACAGGCCAGAACCUGAACACUCGACCCUCCAGUGGAGCGACAUGUGUUAAAGUCAGCAAAGAAGUGGUGUUCUGUCAGCACGAGGAUCUCCAUGGAGACGACCUGGCGGACUACGGCGGCCUGGAGUUCCCGCAGAUCAACUACAACAAAUGCAACACGCGUCCGUACCGUUAUUUCUACGGCUGCGGCUUCAGACACCUGGUGGGAGAUUCUCUGCUCAAGAUGGACCUGACUGAUAAGACGCUCAAGGUUUGGUACCAGAAGGGUUUCUACCCAUCAGAGCCUGUGUUUGUGCCAUCACCUGAUGCCGUUGAUGAAGAUGAUGGAGUCAUCCUCUCGGUGGUCCUCACACCUUCACAGGAUAAAGCAACAUUCCUCCUGGUUUUGGACGCCAAGACCUUUGAAGAGCUGGGAAGAGCCGAUGUGCCUGUUAACAUGGCGUACGGCUUCCACGGCGCCUUCAGUGCCUCUGCAUGAGCCCGUUUCCAAAGAGUUUCUGGUACUAUGAUACAAAGAACACAAAAGUGCAGUAUUAAGCAUAUAACCGCUAUAUUCCUGAUGGUACUGAGUAACUGCUGCAUCACACGGUGAAGACGGAUGCAGAGUUGUGUUACUGACUGAAGUUUACACAAAUGAAGUUUUUUAUAUUACAUUAAUUCUGCUAAGUCUAUUUUACCUCUUAAUUAACUCACAUAUGCUCAUGUUAUUCUUAUUACAUACAUUUCUUUUGCACUCACUUAAAACUGACAAUAUGUACUCAAGGAUACAUGAACAGGGAAGGACUCCUGAGUUAAUGUGCCGUGGGUGUCGAGCUUGUGACAUUCAGCUUGCGCGACGGUUCAAACACGAAGUGCCAACUGAAUAAUUUCCAAAAACUGUGGUACUCUUACAUUGUAAUUUUUUUUACUGUUUCAAUGACUUUUAUACAUGCUUUCUUAAAAGUUUUCAAUAAAUAUUACCUGUGUGUA